AUGAGCGAUAUUUCAGGCACCCCGGGCACUCAAACCUCGGAGCCUGCAGGCUACUCCAACAACCCUAAUGCCAGCCCCUCCGCUGGACUCUCGGGCGCCAGCCUGAGGAAGGAGAGAGGUGCCAUAGCAGCACAAGCCUGUGAUACCUGCCGCAGCCGUAAGCAAAGAUGCGAUGAACAACGACCUAAGUGUGGCACGUGCCAAAAGUUCCGGCUCGAGUGCAACUACCGAGAACCUCAACCGACCAAGAAAGACAAGACCCUAGUUGAGAUCCUCGAUCGGAUUCGAAAUUUGGAAGGCAAGAUCGAUAGCCUAACUCUACGGCCCCCUAUCUCGCCAGCGACGGCAUAUCCAGCGCCGUCAAAUUCACUCCCAUCACCGCUCCAUGCCACCCAAACCGGCUUAGACCCCCCCGUUCCUACGACCUCGUCCUACCAUUUUCCAGACGUGUCGAGCGUCGCAUCCGGGGGUGUUGACGAGCAGUAUCAAUAUGUUUCGUCCGUCCAUCAGAUGCUCAAGUGGCCAGCAAUACAGCAGCUCUUUGCAUCGAUACAGCCAAAAAUACCGAAUAUCGAUUUAUCGAUGCUAGAACGAGAAGGACCGGCCAGCAUGGUUGCUCUUCGCCGAGCUGCCAUUCAAAGCCUACCAACGGAAUCAGAGCCGCCGGUAGGGCGGAAUUCUUCCAUCAGUUUACAUGGCCCAAUAGCCUCUCAAAUUCCCCUCACCGCUGCGCAUCUAAAUUGGGACACGAUGCAAAGGUUGGGCAACGCCUAUUUUGACAGUAUCAACCUUCUCUGCCCAAUCCUCAGUCGACAGUCCUUCAUGGGCGACACACUUCCCGCAUUAUUCAACCAUGGACUCAACAACAACAACAUGACUUCCACCAUUGCUUUCCUCGUAUUCGCUCUGGGAGAGGUCGCGAUUGCCGGGACGGAAGGUCCGCCGAUACAUAUUUACAAUGGCCGGGCAAGCGGUAUAAAAGGAGGGACAAGCGACCGACCACCUGGGCUAGAUCUUUUCAACGAGGCCCGCCGCAGGAUGGGCUUCAACUUGACGGAAUGCACUGUCGAGAACGUGCAGAUUUUCGAACUUGCGAGCCUUUAUUAUGGGACCUGUUUUUACCCACUGGACUUUUGGAGGAUGACUACAUCCGCAUCAAUGGCCUGUCAAGCGCUUAUCACCAGUCAUCCCGGGAUACUGAAUUCACCGACUGCCGACCUGACACGUCGGGCCUUCUGGCAUUGCUCAGUGAUGGAAACCGGUUUGAAUCUGGAGCUUGGCUUCCCACUUACGGGGUUGGAACGGAUGGAGUCCGUGGUCGGCUUGCCCGACUUCAGUGGGCCAUACUCGGACGAUGACUAUAUGAGCAAUCAGGAAUCUUAUUUCCAAGAACAUUUCGCUUCUCAGAUUGUGUUACGGCGACUGUUGGUUGACUUCCACAGUGCUUUGAAUCAAGGUUCCACGUCACUGAGUCAGAUAUCAACUCCUUUCAGCCCGACGUCAACCUUACCCGGCCCCAACCAAGUCACGAUUCGUCAACUAGCUCUUCAGCUCGAGCAGUGGCGCGGCAUGCUCCCCCAGCACUUACGUUGGCAGGAAGACGCCCCAGGCUCUUUCCCCAACGGUGCCACUACCGACCCCUACAACACCACUGCUUCUGCUCUGUUUGCCCCCGCGGUGACCCCGAUGACCCCUACUGUCCCUACCGGCGCUCAACAGCCCCAAGCGCAAGCCUCGGGGCAGCCCCCGCCCAUGUUCUCGACCGAUCUCGAUGCACCUCCGCCUCGAUAUGCGCACGUCCUUGACGUGCAGGUUGCGCUUCUCCGUUCCCGCUAUUACUAUACGAAAUAUCUGAUUCAUCGACCGUUCGUCUACAAAGCGCUACACCACCCGGACUCCGUGGCCAAUGACGACGCCAUUGGCGUGGCGGAGUGUCUGAAGGCAACGUUGAAGUGGCCCGUGGCCAUGUCUCCAACUUGCCGCAACAAACGUCUGAUACCGUGCUCCUUCUUUUUCACACAGAAUUUCCUUGGUAUUCUGGUACUACUGCACCUCACCACGACAGUCCCAAUCUUGCGGCAGAUCCGAGGCACCCUGUGUGGUGAAAGGUUCGACAUAGACGCUGGUGAGACCGUGGGGUUAUACAUGGACUGGUUGAGGGACCUGAAGGCCGUGGAUGAUGCCACGGCGUGGCAUUGGGAAGUUGUCAAGGGCAUCUAUGGACUGGAGGAGUAG